AUGAUAGAAUUGAAUAUGCAAGAUCUACUCAUCGAAAGCCAGGGUAUUCCAUUCACUAUCAGAAGAGGGAAUACCGCAGUGGAAGACGGAAUUGCAUUAAUGUGCAUCGUUGCGACUUCACUGUUUGGAUUAACAACAAAUGGAUUAUCACUUGUAAUUACACGGACAAGCAAACGCUUCCAUAAUGCUUUCGGCAUACUUUGCAGCGUUAUGUUGAUUUGCAAUUUGCAAACAAUUCUCGUGCUUGCCGUUUGGGGAAUCAUUGUUCUAAUCACGUACGCAUCAUCACUUUCAGUUUCCUUACGCUAA